GCGCACAGAAUAUUCGAUAUGACUGAGAUGGACCCAUCAAGGAGGCCCACUGCUGCUCAUUUAGUGCAAGAGUUUUCGAGCGUGAAGUCAAACACAGUGGACGAUCUCAAAGCUAUUAUCUACUGUCAGAGGAAACAGCUUUGCGCUGCUUAUAAAAUGAUUCAGAAACUUCGAAGACGUCUGCGUAACAAUCACUCACUGGAGAAGGCAGCAAAGUAG